UCGAGAAUGGGUUCUGUCUGCUUUUUCGAAACUGUCUGGAGACUGUUUGAUGGAUUCAUUUAAAGCCUUAAAAGUACCAAAUAUUCAAAGUAUUGCACCAGAUGCAGAAAUAGGGUAUAUACUUGAAGUUGAUUUAGAAGCCCCAGUGCACUUGCAUGAUUACUUUGCAGAUUAUUCUUUAGCGUCGGAAAAGCAAAUAAUACCAGAAAACUGGCUUAGUCUAUAUAUGAAAUAUUACGCUCUCAAGUUUAGGCAGUCUCCGUGGAUGAAGGAAUAUAUUGAGGAAAAUAUUCGUAAACGCAAAAUAGCCAAGGCAAAUGGGGAUAAGUUUGGGGUCAUGUAUUAUAAGCUAAAAAAUAAUGCAGUCUUCGGUAAGCAGAUGAAGAAUAUCCAUAAACAUAUGAGAGUAGAAUUACUCCGAACAGAAGAGGAUAAAAAAAUCAGACGUCUAGCAAGUUCGCCAUUAUUUGAGGAAUUAUAG